AUGGUAUCUACGGCAGCACCUAAAUUUGGCGUUCGAUUUCCAACACGUAAAGAAAGAACAGUCAAACGAGUUACUAAAUGUGAAACACGAGAAAUUCAAAAACGCCUUGAACCACCAAAACCAGCUCGUGUUCGUCCACCUCCUAAACCAAAAGCACCUAAAAAACAACCACCACCAGCUACACUCUGUAAACCACCUAAACCUCCUCGUAUAUCUGCUACUCGAUCUCAUGAACGACAACCAUCAUCAACAUCACAAGCAUCAAUAACACCAUCAUCAACACCAAAACCAACUAAACAAAUAGCAUCUUCUCUUGCUUCAGGACGUACUUUACAAGCAACUGAUUUAGAAAAAUUAGCACGUCUUAAUUGUUCACGUGAAUUUAGUCUUUUUCAUAAAUUUAUUAAACCUGAAUUAGGACGAUCAUAUGAAAAUCAAUUAGCAUUUUUACAAACGAAAUUACAACAUUUAAAAAAUGAAUUUGUUAAUAAACAAGCUGAACAUUUAAAUUUUGAACAAAUUCGAGAUUAUUAUAAUCAAGCUGUACUAGACCAUGUACGACGUCAUAUUAAACCAGAUGAAUAUUUAACAUUAGUUGAUAAACUUAAACAAGAUUCAAAACAAGCUAUUGAUAAAUGGCUUCGAAAAAAAGAUCAUAAACCACAACGACAAUUAACUGAAUUUUUACAAAGACGUCAAGCACGUAUUCGUGAUCGAAUUAAAGAAACACUUGAAGAAGCAAAAAAACAACAACAAACAACUAAAGAAGGAGAAAAUGAAAUUGACACGACAGAAAGUAAUAUUUCAGUAACAGCACCAAUAACAACAACAGAAACCAUCACAACAAUAACAACAAUAGAAGAAGAUGAUGAAAUAAUGAUUAUCGAUUAG